UCACCAGCAAACUAUCCUUGCACAGAUGGAGGUACAGACUCUGCUUUAUUUUAAGAGGUACAUAUUUGUCCUUACGAUCUCUGUCUGUUACAGUUUAAGAUUAUUCUGUUUUUGAGUCAUGUGAUGUGAGCCUUACAGGCUUCCAUAAGUAACACUCCGUUUAUAAGCUAUAGAUGGAACGCACGCGUCAUCAGAAGACGCCCAUAUAAAAGAGAGACUCAGGGAGGGGGGGCAAUACUGCUUAUUUCCUGUUUGUAUUCCAUUUUGGUGGCUUAAACUACCAGGAGGUCCCUGAGGAAGUCCUAUUUGGACAAAAUGCGUAAGACCUGAUACAGCACCACUUUUCAGUGUUUUUUUUAAAAUACCUUUUAAAAUAAAGCAGAAUCUGUACAUCCAGCAAUCAUGAGUCCAGUUUCAUAAUCAUUAAAAGAAAGAAGAGCUGAUUUAGCCCCCCAAUUUCAUCGGAGGAAGCACCCUUGGGCAAAAUACCUGUAACAGUGCAUUUAUAUAUUGUUUAACAGUGUUACACUACUAUUUAUUUUUUAUAUUAAUGUUUUAGAUUCUCCAUUUUUGUUUUGCGUCUACAUGGUAUUUAAAAGGGAUACUUCCUGGGAAAUCCAGCGGUUUCAGCUAUCUAUAGAGAUAAGUGUUUAUUCAUUGCCCUAUUACUUUUAGGUGUGGGUGAUUAUAUUUUUUUUUUGUGUGUGUGGACAUAUCCUUGCAUAUAAGCUGCAUUAUAGAAUAUAGCACCUUAACAAACAAUGGAUCCCUACCGCCAUACAGGAAGCAUUAGGAAUAUCUGCACUCUUCUGAUAUACGCAUGGUUAGCAUCACACUUGUCUUCUGACAUCCGGUUCAUUCAAUGAACACAUGAUGUAAGAAGGAAAAAGAAAAACAAGUUCAGAAGUGACUCGGAACUAUAGUUAAACUUGAGUGCACAGAAGUAACUUCAUUUAAUUCAUCCCAAACAAAUAUGGUUUCCUUAGGGGAAGCUGCGGCAUCAUUUCACUUGCACAAUGCUACGCGCAGUAUCCGGGAACGCGCUGUGUAUUAUAAUACAUGAAUGUAAAGGUGAUGGAGAAUAUUGCAGAUCCCCUCUUACUAUUGGUUACCAGGGUGACUGGCUGCCUGUCUGUGUGUUACAGGGCUCUAUACCUAUCAUUAGCACUCCGUUAUAUACUACUAAUGAUUGACAGGCAGCAUACUCCUGGGAUUACAGGGUCAAUUAGUUUUCCAGAAGGCAAUUCUUCCAAUACCUAACGGUGACGUCCUCCGUGGCCGUAUGUCCGUCUGCGCCUCUCCAACUGCUACAUCAGCGCCUGAAAUGAAGUGAAUACAAUACAUUAAAGCAUGGAUUAGCCGCAGUGACAGUGUGAGAGCAUGAUGGGAAAUGUAGUCCCAGACAGUCAGUGUGGAUUGUUAGUGGAUGGCAGCCAUUACUCCAUGUGCUAUGGCUCCCAGUGAUGGGAAAUGUAGUCCCGGACAGUCAGUGCGGAUUGUUACUCCAUGCGCUAUGGCUCCCAGUAAUGGGAAAUGUAGUCCCAGACAGUCAGUGCGGAUUGUUAGUAGGUGGCAGCCAUUACUCCAUGUGCUAUGGCUCCCAGUGAUGGGAAAUGUAGUCCCAGACAGUCAGUGCGGAUUGUUACUCCGUGCGCUAUGGCUCCCAGUGAUGGGAAAUGUAGUCCCAGACAGUCAGUGCGGAUUGUUACUCCGUGCGCUAUGGCUCCCAGUGAUGGGAAAUGUAGUCCCAGACAGUCAGUGCGGAUUGUUACUCCGUGCGCUAUGGCUCCCAGUGAUGGGAAAUGUAGUCCCAGUCAGUCAGUGCGGAUUGUUACUCCAUGUGCUAUGGCUCCCAGUGAUGGGAAAUGUAGUCCCAGACAGUCAGUGCGGAUUGUUACUCCGUGCGCUAUGGCUCCCAGUGAUCGGAAAUGUAGUCCCAGACAGUCAGUGCGGAUUGUUACUCCGUGCGCUAUGGCUCCCAGUGAUGGGAAAUGUAGUCCCAGACAGUCAGUGCGGAUUGAUACUCCAUGCGCUAUGGCUCCCAGUGAUGGGAAAUGUAGUCCCAGACAGUCAGUGCGGAUUGUUACUCCGUGCGCUAUGGCUCCCAGUGAUGGGAAAUGUAGUCCCAGACAGUCAGUGCGGAUUGUUACUCCGGUGCGCUAUGGCUCCCAGUGAUGGGAAAUGUAGUCCCAGACAGUCAGUGCGGAUUGUUACUCCGUGCGCUAUGGCUCCCAGUGAUGGGAAAUGUAGUCCCAGACAGUCAGUGUGGAUUGCUACUCCGUGCACUAUGGCUCCCAGUGAUGGGAAAUGUAGUCCCAGACAGUCAGUGCGGAUUGUUACUCCGUGCGCUGUGGCUCCCAGUGAUGGGAAAUGUAGUCCCAGACAGUCAGUGCGGAUUGUUACUCCAAGCGCUAUGGCUCCCAGUGAUGGGAAAUGUAGUCACAGACAGUCAGUGCGGAUUGUUACUCCGUGCGCUAUGGCUCCCAGUGAUGGGAAAUGUAGUCCCAGUCAGUGCGGAUUGAUACUCCAGUGGCUCCCAGUGAUGGGAAAUGUAGUCCCAGACAGUCAGUGAUACUCCAGGUGCUGUGGCUCCCAGUGAUGGGAAAUGUAGUCCCAGACAGUCAGUGCGGAUUGUUACUCCAGGUGCUGUGGCUCCCAGUGAUGGGAAAUGUAGUCCCAGUCAGUCAGUGCGGAUUGUUACUCCAGGUGCUGUGGCUCCCAGUGAUGGGAAAUGUAGCCCCAGACAGUCAGUGCGGAUUGUUACUCCGUGCGCUAUGGCUCCCAGUGAUGGGAAAUGUAGUCCCAGACAGUCAGUGCGGAUUGUUACCCGCGGCGCUUAUGGCUCCCAGUGAUGGGAAAACGUAGUCACAGACAGUCAGCGAUUGUUACUCCGUGCGCUAUGGCUCCCAGUGAUGGGAAAUGUAGUCCCAGACAGUCAGUGCGGAUUGUUACUCCGUGCGCUAUGGCUCCUAGUGAUGGGAAAUGUAGUCCCAGACAGUCAGUGCGGAUUGAUACUCCAGGUGCUAUGGCUCCCAGUGAUGGGAAAUGUAGUCCCAGACAGUCAGUGCGGAUUGUUACUCCAAGCGCUAUGGCUCCCAGUGAUGGGAAAUGUAGUCACAGACAGUCAGUGCGGAUUGUUACUCCGUGCGCUAUGGCUCCCAGUGAUGGGAAAUGUAGUCCCAGUCAGUGCGGAUUGAUACUCCAGGUGCUGUGGCUCCCAGUGAUGGGAAAUGUAGUCCCAGACAGUCAGUGCGGAUUGUUAC